UAUCUCCAAUGUCGAUCAAUUGUCACAUGAAUCGGUUAAGCUCCAUGGAAUAUGACGACAUGGCUACCGAUGAGAGACUGGUUCUAGAUAUGCGAACGCCAAAGUCAUCCGUGGGGGACCAAUAAGAGCCAUCUAGGUUAUCGUCGAGACAGGAAAUGAGUCGCAAGUAAGACGGGAUAAAAAGAUCGGAUCAUGCCACUCGAAACAUAGAUACACGCGAUCAUCUCUACAUUAAAACUUCGCCUAUUCCGACAAAUGGUACCGGACGUUCAAAUUCUACAUUUUCGCAUCCGUCUUGUAAAAUUGUUGAGCACACUACAAGCUCAAAAUUCUCAGUAUGGCCGGUAGUGAUAGUCGUAGGUCAUUUGGAAUUGGUGGCGCUGGCAACAUCCGAACGUGGGAAGAAUCCAUCAUACACGAUUCGGUAUCCGCGAGCGACGCCGUAAAACGACGAAAAAGCAGUCUUAUGAGCGCGGAGUCAAGCUCUGGGAAGAGUGCGGAGUCGAAGUCAUCGAGACUAUCAGGGCGAUUCAAGAGCAUAUUCAAUUACCGCCCCAAGUCGAUACCAGAAGUUACGAAGUAAACGAUCGAAAAGAGAUAUCCACGCGACGGCGUUAGACGAGUUGGUUUCACGCGAUACGAAGAUUUUAUGUCGGCACGUCAAAAGUUUGGUAUCAUUAAUUAGCCUGCCGAAUUUGGGCCUACAUAACAUAUCUGAAAUAGGGGUUUUCCUUGUCUGUGAGAUCUUGGAAGGCGAGCUUGGCUCUCUCGGUUUCGUCUUCUAUAAUGG